AUGAACGAUCAACAAACCUUAGUCUUUGGUCUUCACUUAUGGAUCAUCUUAGGGAUCACAGUCGGGGCCAUUUUUGUUCUCAUUCUGUUUCUCAUUUCCAUUUGGUUCACAUCAUACAAAAAUAUUAAUAAUAACAAUAGAUCUUCAAAACCAUCACUAAACCCGCAACCAAACACACCCAUAAAUUCAUUACCAUCUUCUUCACCACAACAACAAGAAGAAAACACAUUAAUGUCGACCCAACAACGUUUAUCAACUGGCAUUGAAAAACAGGCAUUGUUGUUCAAGCAGAAACGAGAAAAGAUGAACCGGGUUUUGAUGCCGGUUUUUGGGGAAGGUGGUGAUAAUGAUGAUCAGAGUGUGAUAAAUGUGGGACCUGAAGUGUCUCAUUUGGGAUGGGGGCAUUGGUAUACGUUAAGAGAACUUGAAGUGGCAACGGAUGGGUUUUCGGCUGAUAAUGUUAUUGGUCAAGGUGGUUAUGGGAUUGUUUAUUAUGGUGUUCUUGUUGAUAACUCCACUUCUCAUCAUGUUGCUGUUAAAAACUUGCUUAAUAAUAGAGAUCAAGCUGAGAAGGAAUUUCAAGUUGAAGUUGAAGCAAUUGGUAGAGUUAGGCAUAAGAAUUUAGUGAGAUUGUUAGGGUAUUGUGCAGAAGGUGCACACAGGAUUCUUGUUUAUGAGUAUAUGAAUAAUGGAAACUUAGAGCAAUGGGUUCAUGGUGAUGUAGGUCCUUGUAGUCCUCUUACUUGGGAGAUUCGUAUGAAGAUUAUCGUUGGAAUAGCUAAAGCGUUAACUUAUCUUCAUGAAGGGCUUGAACCAAAGGUAGUUCAUCGUGAUAUAAAAUCAAGUAAUAUUUUACUUGAUAAGUUCUGGAACCCGAAGGUUUCAGAUUUUGGACUAGCUAAGCUUCUUGGUGCAGAUAUGAGCUACAUAACGACCCGUGUGAUGGGCACGUUGGGCUAUGUUGCUCCAGAAUAUGCUAGCACAGGAAUGGUAAAUGAGAAAAGUGAUGUUUAUAGUUUUGGAAUUUUAUUGAUGGAGUUGAUCUCGGGGAGAUAUCCAGUUGAUCACAAACGACCACAAGAAGAGGUACAUUUGGUUGAAUGGGUCAAGAGAAUGUUAAGAGAGAGGUGUCCAGAAAAAGUUUUGGAUCCUAAACUGAUUGAUGUACCUUCUUCACAUAUUCUUAAACGGAUUUUGGUAGUUGCUUUACGCUGUGCUGAUCUAAAUUCCGAGAAGCGGCCUAGGAUAGGGCAUGUGAUUCACAUGCUUGAGUCCCAAGACCAGUCUCGUAACAGUGAAAGAAAACCCAUGACGGACUCUAGGGUUGCACCUCAUGGUAGCCCAAACGAUGGGUUAAACACGAAGCAGGCGACUCAUUUAGGUGUGUAACCAAGUCAAAUGAAGAGACAAACAAGAAAGGUAUGUAUGCAGAGGUGGCUCCUGAAGGGGUUGGGUUUAAGGAAUGUGCAGACCCGUGAACUAUAUAGUAUAAAUUUUGCCGAGUAAAAAUAAAAUUUUGCUGUAAUGGUAAUGCAUAUCUAUUAAAAAUUUUCUAUUGUGAUGCA